UCGUACUUAGAAUAGAAAACCCUGAUUUUGUUGAGUGUUGUUGUGUUGUGUUGUGUUGUGCGUUAAGCAGAAACAAAGUCAACACUGAACAACUGAAUCAAUCAAUGUCUUCUUUGGCUUCAGAGAUUCUUCAAGAACUUGAAUCACUGAAGAGCGAAAAAACCAAAAUCGAACAAAAAAUAUCACAGUUAGAAUCUCAAUUGAAAGAUAUUAAUCUCCCAAAACAACACGCUUCUUCUGCUUCUGCUGCAUCAUCCAAUGGUUCUUCUUCACCAUACCCCACAAAUGGAUUGGAACCUCACAUGAUUCAUAGAUACAGUCGCCACCUUGUUCUUCCUUCCUUUGGUGUUCAAGGGCAGGCAAAUCUGCUGAAGUCAUCAAUUUUAGUUGUGGGAGCUGGAGGAUUGGGUGCUCCUGCAUUGUUAUAUUUUGCAGCUUCUGGUGUUGGCAAAUUGGGUAUUGUUGAUCAUGACAAGGUUGAGCUCAGUAAUAUGCAUAGACAGAUUAUACACACUGAAGCAUAUAUUGGUCAGCCAAAAGUGAAAUCCGCUGCUGCUGCUUGUCGCGCGGUCAACUCAUCUGUUGAAGUCGUGGAACACGAGGAAGCUUUGCGAACUUCCAAUGCUUUGGAAAUUUUCAGCAAAUAUGAUAUAAUAGUGGAUGCAACAGAUAAUGCUCCCACCCGGUAUCUGAUCAGUGACUGCUGUGUGGUACUAGGAAAGCCCCUCGUAUCAGGUGCCGCUGUGGGAUUGGAAGGGCAGCUCACUAUCUACAAUCACAACGGUGGUCCUUGCUAUCGAUGCCUCUUUCCAACUCCACCACCUAGAUCAGCAUGCCAAAGUUGCGCCGACAAUGGAGUGCUAGGAGUAGUUCCUGGCAUAAUUGGCUGUCUCCAAGCUCUCGAGGCAAUUAAGAUUGCUGCUGCAGUUGGUGAACCACUCUCCGGAAGGAUGCUUCUUUUUGAUGCAUUGUCUUCACGAAUCCGUGUCGUGAAAAUCAGAGGAAGGUCUAUGCAUUGUGAAGCUUGUGGAGAUAAUGCAAGAUUUAAUAAGCAGUACUUCCGAGAAUUUGAUUAUGAGAAGUUCACUCAGACUCCCUUGCGUGUGCCUCCAUUGAAGUUAAAUCUACUUCCUAGUGAAUCAAGAAUCAGCAGCAUGGAGUACAAAGAAAUAACUCUCAACAAGGAACCACAUGUGCUUGUUGAUGUUAGACCAGCUCACCAUUUCAAGAUUGUGUCACUUCCGAAUUCCUUGAACAUUCCAUUCUCAACUUUAGAGUCUAGGUUGCCGGAAAUAUCGUCAAUUUUGAAGAAAGACGAAGAAGAGGAAAAAGGCGCAGUUUCUGAAUCAAGUGCACAAUUAUAUGUAGUAUGCAGAAGGGGAAAUGAUUCUCAAAGGGCUGUUCAAUACCUUCACAAAAUGGGUUUUACCUCUGCUAAGGAUAUUGUUGGGGGUUUGGAGUCUUGGGCUCAAAAUGUUGAUCCUAACUUCCCCACUUAUUAGCUAUGUAGUUAAAGUUUAUUUUUUGUUUUGAAGGAAUGCAGUUAAACUUACAUCAAGUUAUACUUUUAACUUGAAAUUAUUAUAUUAUUUUUAUAUUUGAUUAGGGAUGCUUUUCUCAUUUUCCUUUGAUUGCAUUAUACUAUGGUAUUUAAGAAUAUUGUGGGAGAUUGUGAAGCCACUCUUGUGUAGAUAGAGCUUGAUAUAAUAUCUAUUUUGUUGAGUUCUAA